GGCCACUCUGCUCGGCCGCUCUGCUCGGCUCUUUAGCUGUACCUCUCUGCUCAGCUCUCCUGCUGCUAUCGUUUCGACAGACGGACGAAAGCGGUUGACAAUCUUCCAGCCUUUCUUUUACACCCCCGCGAACCCUCUCUUUCAAGCCUUCUCAUCGCGCUCCGUCGCACUCUCGCCUUAGUCCGUUUCGCCUCUUAUUUAGGGACGUCCUCGUUGCGAAGCUUCCCUUUUUCUCAAGGGAAGAACAGGAGCGAACGUGAGGCCAGUAUUCUUUCGGGGCUUCGCUGCCGCAGGCGACUUCGGCAAAGGAGAGAAAAGAAAGGGCAUUUAGAACCGACGCGACUCGCUCGUUGUUGACGUGGUCCUUUGAGUCGCUACAUACGCCUCUGCCAGCUGCUUGAAACGAAUAGCUUCUAAUGCUUCGUAGCGGAUGGCAUUGCCAGCAGCGGACACACCUAGCAUAGGCUCAGACCUGUUCGUUCAGCGGUAGAACUUGGUAGAUCUUAGGAGGCAGUGCAGGACGCACCCACAAUUUACUUGGUUUCUUCCUUUCAAGAUAUGAGACGAAGUUAUUGGCAGUGCAGGGAUAGUUAUUGAAGCCUCGAAACGCGUCACUGAGCAAUGACACUUGGAGACAUAGGCAUAGGCAUUAACAUCGCGGGUAAUUUUUUGAGAAUUCUAAAAAAUGGCUCGAAACGCGUGAGUCAGCAAUGACAGCUGGAGGCAUAGGCAUUAACAUCGCGGGUGUCUAACACUUCCGCCGGCGAUGCCGUUUUUGGUGUUAGGUUCAGCCGAUUCCGCCGGUUCUGUAGAAAUCGCAUUUUUUUUCAGUUACGCUAAUUCUGUCAAGUACGCUACUAUGCCGUAAGUCAAUCAGAAUAUGAAUUCGUUAUAGCGCUCUAGGUUCAGACGGAAGGCGUAAUUCUCUACGUUCAGACGAACGCGUGACUCUCUAGGUUCAGACUAUCCGAUAGCAUAGAUUAGGACACUUAAAAGCGAGAGGAAAAGAUACCCGUGCAAAUUUUGAGUCAAGGAGUCGGGAGGCGUUGGUAACUGCGUCACAUGCAACAGUGUAACAGCAGUAACAGGAGCUGUUCGCAAUGGGUCAGCUGGAUACGACUCUGGGGUCGGUGGUGGUGGCAGCAAUGGCAUUCGCAGCUUACGUUCUCAUGAUGUUUGCCGAGCACACCAAGCCCGCCAUACCAGAAGACUGCACUACGCCUGCCACUUGCGGCAUUGCCGCAGGCCCAACAGUGGGCCUGGGGAUUGGAGCCAUCUGCUGCUGCUUCCUCGCAGCUUGCUUCGCCCACUUGGCAGUCCGUGGGCCCCACGCUGUUUACCUCUCGAUGACCAAGGCGUUUGUGAAGCACCACAGACGGGGGGUAGCCCUCUGGUACUGCUUGGCUUGGGCCUUCACGCUGGUGCCAGUGUGCUACAGCUCGUACCUAGUUUCGAAGCAAUCAACAGGCAGUGGGGUUGUCCCGGUGGGGUUGUUUGCCGGCAUGGGGCUGAUCAUGCUAUGUUCAGGAGUGCUCUGGGUGGGAUUCAUUCUGAUGAAUUUCAACGCGGAGAAGCUUAUACUGAGCGGGGUGGCGGAUGACGACGACGAUGAUUUCGCCAUGUUCUUCCACCCACCAGCUCGCUAACAAGACAUAUUUUUUUAGGUGCCUCAAAAAUCGCCUCUUCCCUGGAGCAGUCUGCCAUCACCUUUUGACCUCCAGCUCGUUAGCAGCUCACAGUGUUUCCCCUUGAGGCGUGGGUGGGAGAGUAGGGGAGGGGAGAAGGGCGGCAUGCCUCUGGGUGGUUCUGACUGUUGGAAAUAUCUCAAAGGACUUAAGCGUUUCUGAAGUAUAACACUGCACUCGAGGAAGACUACAGGGGAGCACGCGAGUCAACGGAGGUUGCACGAGGGGGCGGACAAAGAAUCCGAAAAGACUCGAAAGGUCGCAACUGGAGGUUACGACUGACCGUUACAACAUCACGGAUGGUAACCGAAGCGGCAAUCGAGUCGCUGUGCGACUCGAUAAACCGUUCCCGUAACUGUAUUCUACAACUGCUUUCUUAUCUUCUAUACCGUAAUCCCCCGGAUAUAACACCCGCCGGAAUAAAACACCCAGUGCAGGGCUCAAAUUAGCCGGGUAAAAUGCCCUGAUUGCCCUGAUUUUUCAGGGCAUUUUUUCAUUUGGUCUUAAGAAUCAGACUUACGAAAUUUAUUACCCUGAU